AUGAGCAGCAGCUCGUCCCCAUCCUUGGCGAGGCCAUUUGCGGAUUUGCCACAUGGGGCCACCCCGCCUUUGUCUCGAAGAGGCGAGGGCCACCUUCUGGGAGGACCUCUUGGCUCCACGGGAUACCCUCCAAGGCAUGUGCUGACCUCCCCACGCAAGAGCCCAGGUGACGUUCGUUUUGGGGGACCUCUUGGUGCCACCAUGGGUGCCAUCUACACGCCCCGACAAGUGCUCGUUUCCCCGCGGCUCACCCCACGAAUGCCAGCAGGGGCCACAAGCGUGAUCGCCUAUGCGCCUGGCUUGCCCAGUGGCUUCAUCCCAGUGGCACCGGCUCCAAAGGUGUCUCGGCCUGUGGAAGUUGCGGUGCGCAAGCAAACGCCGCGCUUCAUUCGUGUUUCGGCACGGUCGCAGGAGCGGAUACUGCCAAUUUCGCGCGAAGUGACAUCCGCAGCGCCUGCUGCAGCGUCUGCGGCAGCGCCUGCAGCUGCGCCUGCUGCAGCUACGGAUGGAGCAGCACGAGAGGUUGAACUGGAGGCUUUUCCGAAGCAAGCCGACGCUGCUUCUCACGUGGCAUCGCCCCGAUCGCCCCAUGCUCUUGCGGCCCCUGAAGUGGCGUCACCCACUGGCCUGGAAGCUUCACCUCGGGACCAGCUAUACCAUUCGCCUCUUGCUCAUGCAGCCUCAGACAUUCAAUCGUCUCCCAUGGUGCGACAGCGCACUCUUCCGGGCUACCUUGGACAAGCCGUGCAGUCACAAAUGCCUCCGGAGAGGCAAAGCAGUAUCGCUGUCAUCACUACCAUCACUACCCCAAGUUAUGCUGUCGCUGUCCCACGGCCAUCUUCUGUAGGUCGCGGGUCCAUGGGCCGAGCACUUCGAGCUCCCGAGCUGACAUCAGACAGGCCUCCGGCUCGCGCAGUGGGAGAGGCCCUGCGCGCCGACAGCCGCCGGCGCUGGCGACGACCUGCACCUGCACAUGCACCCGGAACGCCUGGAGUUGCACCGCAUGUGCCUGGAGCGCCAAUGGCCACCGCACGGGUGCAUGGUCCGUGCCAUGGUCGUACGUCCUGGUCUGGGACACCGCCGGCAUCCGCGCCGGUGUCCGCUCCGCCAGCGCAGAGUCGUCAAGGAGAAGGCGAUUUCACACCGGCCUUCUUCAGGCUUCAAGAAAAGCUCAGUUAUUUGGCCGAGGAGGGCACGGUGUCGCUUUAA